UCUGAGGCGCCCCUGCCAUGGCCCGCUCGCUGGCCUGGUCCUGCUGUCCCUGGUGCCUGACGGAGGAGGAGAAGACAGCGGCCAGGAUCGACCAGGAGAUCAACAAAAUUCUGCUGGAGCAGAAGAAGCAGGACCGCGGGGAGCUGAAACUGCUGCUGCUGGGGCCGGGCGAGAGCGGCAAGAGCACGUUCAUUAAGCAGAUGCGCAUCAUCCACGGGGCCGGCUACUCGGAGGAGGACCGCAAGGGCUUCCGGCCGCUCGUCUAUCAGAACAUCUUCGCCUCCAUGCAGGCCAUGAUCGAGGCCAUGGAGCGGCUGCAGAUCCCCUUCGGCAGGUCCGACAGCAAGCACCACGCCAGCCUGGUCAUGAGCCAGGACCCUUAUAAGGUGACCACGUUCCAGAAGCGCUAUGCUGUGGCCAUGCAGAGUUUGUGGCAGGACGCGGGCAUCCGGGCCUGUUACGAGCGCCGGCGCGAAUUCCACCUGCUGGACUCCGCCAUUUACUAUUUGUCCCAUCUGGAGCGCAUCACUGAGGAAUGCUACAUCCCCACGGCCCAGGAUGUACUGCGGAGCCGAAUGCCCACCACCGGCAUCAAUGAGUACUGCUUCUCCGUGCAGAAAACCAACCUGCGGAUCGUGGAUGUGGGUGGCCAGAAAUCAGAGCGCAAGAAAUGGAUUCACUGCUUUGAGAAUGUCAUCGCCCUCAUCUACCUGGCAUCGCUUAGCGAGUAUGACCAGUGUCUGGAAGAGAACAACCAGGAGAACCGUAUGAAAGAGAGCCUGGCCCUGUUUGGGACCAUCCUGGAGCUGCCCUGGUUCAAAAGCACCUCGGUCAUCCUGUUCCUCAACAAAACCGACAUCCUGGAGGAAAAGAUCGUUGCCUCCCACCUGGCCACCUAUUUCCCCAGCUUUCAGGGCCCCAAGCAGGACGCGGAGGCGGCCAAGAAAUUCAUCCUGGACAUGUACACGGGGAUGUACACGGGCUGCGUGGACGGCCUCGAAGGCAGCAAGAAGGGGCCGCGCUCCCGCCGCCUCUUCAGCCACUACACGUGCGCCACGGACACACAGAACAUUCGCAAGGUCUUCAAGGACGUGCGGGACUCGGUGCUGGCCCGCUACCUGGACGAGAUCAACCUGCUGUGACCCACGGCGCCCCCACCGCACCGAAGUGACCCCUGCCGGGCAGGUGGAUCCCAGGCGUCCCCGUCACUCCAGCCUCGGGCCCAGGUGGCAGAAAAGCCCUCCGCGCCUCUCACCUGAACAGCGCCUCCCUUGACUCAGUUUACCUCUUCGGAAAGGGGAAGUGGAGCAGAAUAGCCACUGGGGAUGCUGGGGGAGGAAAAGUGAAGAAGACACCGAGGGGACCCAAGACCUGCAGGGGUGGAUGUCUCUUAGGGACCCCCCACCCGAGAGUGUGUCACUGGGGCAGGGCUGGGCAUUCCCCCGGGUGACCCACCUGGGUGGCGGGGCCGGCCUUCAGGAGCGGACUCUCGCGCCCCCUGGUGGACACCGGGAGGGACGCCUCGCUGAGCGCUUCCCGCCAGAGGGCUCAGUCAACUAUCUCAGGACUUUCUCUGGCUCGGGGACACCAUCUCCGAAAAGUGCUGUCCCUCCCAGAUCCCCUAGCCUCAGUGUCCCGCCCCGUUCGCAGAGGAGGGGAACCGAGACACACAAACAGCGGUUUUCCUCCUUCCCAGGCCGAGAGCCAGGCGUACAUCAUGCAAAUUAAUCUUCUGUAUUUAUUCCCUUGCCUUUCGAGGUAGAUAUUAAAGAAAGGACAUUGCAGAGACUGUGGUUUCUUAGGACCGGUGUCACCCUGUGCUCCACCCCCACCCUGUUCUCUCUUCCAGUUAGCUGGGCGGGUGCAGACGUACGGAGGAUGGGGGGAAAACGUGUUGGGAGGAGAGGUUCCCUUUGUAUCCGGCCGCUUGUGUGGGUGCAGCACCCAGAGCUCUGCCUGCCGGCGGUGAUUUUGAGGAAGACAUCGGAGUCUAAGCCGGCCGUGGUGGCGCACGCCUGUCAUCCCAGCACUCUAGGAGGAUGAGGCAGGACAAUCAAAAGUUCAGGCCUGGCC